AUGAUUGAAUUGGACAUUCUUGAUCACAUUAUGUCAUGUAAUUAUAGGUCAAAGAAUCUUAAGCAUUUGCGAUUAUGGCACUACAUUCGUAUUUCUGAUGAGGCACUGGUUGAAGCUGUGAAAAAGCUCCCAGCACUCGAGGAAGUGGAGAUUAUUAUGUGUAAAUUUCGUGAGGAUACUACUGAAGCUAUUGGCCAUGCCUGCCCUUCACUGAAAGCAUUCAGCUUAAAUAGUGUUGGGUCUAAAACUUUUAACUAUACUUGCAAUGAAGAAGCACUAGCCAUUGCUAAAACCAUGCAUAAUUUGCGUAAUCUUCAACUGAUUGGAAACCGUAUGACAAAUGAAGGCUUAAAAGCAAUCCUUGAUGGAUGUCCUCUUCUUGAAUCCCUUGAUAUACGUACAUGUUUCUACAUUGAUUUAUCUGGAGACUUGGGUAAAAGAUAUUAUAGCUACCAAGCUUGUACUGAUUCAGAAAAGUAUUCUGGCUACAAGUUGCGUAGGCCGUACAAUGAGUAUGAUUAUGAUGAUAGUGGCCUCUUUGGUUUUGAUGCAGAGUACCUUAGUUUUCAGAAUAAUUACCCUUUCUGUAUUGAUUAUGAUGGUAAAUAA